AUGGCUGGUAAAACUUCACUUGCACAACUUCUUGAAAAACAACUUUUGACUGAUUGUCCUGAUAUGAGAAUCAUUAGAAUUUCAUUAUUGUGGAUGGAGGAUGAUGAUCCAAAUUGGAAAUUUUCUGACCACUUCAGUUGGCUCAUGAGAGGAACUGGUUGGCAUCAAUUUGUAGCAGAAUGUUCACAUAUUGAAACUGUUUUAAUUGUUGAUGAGGAUAUCCAACAAUAUAGUAGACUAUAUAUUGUAGCAUUUGCAUCUUAUGGUUAUCAUGGUGCAUAUGAUUAUAGUCCAAACAGUAAUGAUAUUAUGAAAGUUUCACCUUUUCAACUGAGUGAACAUAGCACAUGGGGAUUGAAAGAGAUUUGGUUCACUUCUGAAGAAUACAAUGAUUAUGUAACAAAUUUCUCUAGAAGCAAGUUGAAUUUAUCAUCACAACAGGAUGAAGAUAAUUUGCUAAAUUAUAUUAGACAAUGUACUUUAUGUCACCCAGGAUUAGUCACAUUCAUAUUAAAUCACAUAUUUGAAGGAUUUAUAUCUCAGAUUAAACAAAAUGGAAAAAGAUUAACAUUUUCUGAAAUAUUUAAAUAUUUAAAAUCAUAUAAUUUUUAUGCAAAUUUAAUGGGAACCAGGGCUGCUCUUGGCCUUAAAAACAUGGACAAAGAUGAAACAUAUUUAUGUGAUACUGUAUUGUUUAAUCCAACUGGAAUACCAAUCCGUCUUGAGACAGUCCCUAAUUAUGGACAUUUAUAUAAGACCAAUUUAUUAUCAAUUGUAGCUUCUGGGCCCAAUUAUUAUGAUAAAUUCCUUGAUUUUGCAGCUCCUUUACUUAGAGUUGCAUAUUUGCAAACCAGAGUGGGUUCAACAAAUCAUUCAACUAAAGCACCAGAAACAUUUAGAGAUUUUUUGAAAUUGACAUUUGUCAAUAUGAAUCCUGAAACUCUUUGCAGAUCCCUUGGUGUUGGUAGUGAUGGUUGUCUUCUAGAAAGGGUAUUUCAAAUGGAGUUUUAUCGCUCUGCUACAUAUGUUCUUCCACAAGAUGUUUUCAUUUCAGUUGAUGUUGGUGCAAACAUUAAAGAACACAUUAAUAGAUUUCAAAAAGGUGGCAAAUAUGAUUCAAUCAUUGAUAUUGCCAAAGAAUAUGUGGUUAUCAAUAUAACCCAGGAUAAACGACAUUCUUCAUCUUUUUCUGGAAAGAACUACAUAUAUAUAGAAUUUAACCAAGACUUUAAUAAGGUGGUUAUGAAUUUUCCAGAUGGGGAGAAAACAGAAAUGUCUUUAGGAGGUAGUGGAAUAUUAAAUGUUGAAAUGCAAAUUUGA